AUAGAUAUAUUAACCUCACAUAUCAAAGCAUGUAUUGCUACGAUAUGUGAGGUUUUUUUAUACUUUUACGAGCAUCAAGAACACAUAGCCUUAAUACUUGUUGUUAUGAUUACGAUCGUUACAGGAGAAAAGGACAGUGGAAAGUCUUCUUAUCUCCAAAACUGGUAUACCUCUGAUCCCGUUGGUUGCGGAAUUCUCUCACAGAAAGUUAUACGCAACAACCUUGUUGCCGGAUAUGACAUGUUAUUGUUGCCUUCGCUGGUAAAAAUGCCGCUGUGCCGAACGCCAAACCACCUCGAGGAUCUCCAAACAACAGAUACUAUUACGCAAGGACGCUUUACCUUCUCCGCCUCAACUUUUCAAGAAGCAAUAAGUCAAACCAUGCCUUUACUCCUAUGCUCCGACACAUUCUGGCUAGAUGAAAUAGGACAGCUCGAACUCAACAAUGCCGGAUAUGCUCCGUUACUUCAUUUUGCUAUCAUGCAGUGUUGUAAUUUGCGCUUGGGUGUACGACUGAGUCUUUUGCCCGACAUCAUAGAGCGUUUCGACCUACAUGCUUGCCAGAUCAUCAAGCUUUCUUAA